UCCACUUCAAACAACUACAUGUAGUAAAGCGGAAACAACGGACUACAGAGAGAGACGCUUUCGAUUCUAGCCCACGAAUAAUUCAAAGAAAGAAACGUCUGAGUUUGUCGUCGUCUUGGAGCUUCAUAAAAUAGCGCGGACGCUUGGAUUACAACAUGUUCUAAGAAUCAACAUAAGUUUGGGAUACAGAGAUCUGUACAACCAGACGACAUGGGCAGUUUCAUUUUUCAAACGUAAACAUCCGCCGAGCAGUUUCCGUCCAUGUGUGAGCAGCAUGCUAACCCUAUUUCGGAUGAGUGUAUCUGUCCAAAUCAGAGGACACGUGCCAUUCCCAGCUAAUGCUCAGUUUUAAUACGACUGGAAUUGCUUUUAUUUAAAUCUUAAGCGGUUUGCCAAGACGAUACGUUAAGACGCGAAUGGGUUAGCACGCGAGCUAGCAGCUAGCUUGGCUACCAAAGCUGUUUGUUUGUGAACGCACAGACUGAACUGUGUCGUUUGGCAGCACAAAUACUAUGACAGAUGAUAAUAGUCCAUUACGGUGAACUAAAGUGACAUUUCACAAGCAGAUAUCCUUAUUAUGGGUCUACUGAGCUUGAUUUUUAGUUCAGUUGGAAAAUGCAUAGAUGUCAUUUGCCUCCUUCUGGAUUUAAAUUUUGUGAUUGUCAACUCAUUAAUUCAUCUGUUGGCGGCAGUGAUCUCCUUUGUCAGUUGUCUGCCCAUGCUGCUCACAAAUUCAGUGUCUGAGUGCUGGAAUCUCACCUUGCUUUGCAUCAUCACCAUGCGGGACGGAGUGACCGUCGUGACCCAUAACAUGGUCGGAGGCUGGACGCAACUGCUCGGAGGCAUGCUGGAAAGCUUCAAGAUGAUCGGAUACCUGUCUUCACAUCUGCUACUGCGCACCAAAGAGCUUCUUCACCGCGGUUUGCUGUCGGGACACAGUUUGCUACGGCAGGCGUGGGAAGGCUGUGGCAUCGUGUUCAGCCUGUUGCUUUAUUUCGUCAACACGAUCAUUAACUUACUUCUCAUUGGUACGCAAAAUUUAUACUCCGUGUUGGCCAGCACUGUGGAGGCAGUGUCCUGCCCUUUGCAGAAAGCUCUUGAGCUGACCCUGACUGUGCUGACCUUCCUGUACAGCAGUCUCGUUGGCACCUCCAUCCUGCUGUGGACACCAUGCAGACUAGCCAUGGAGUUUCUGGGAUCUGUCUGCCAGAUCUUCAUGAGCGUGUUCUUGCUCAACUCUUACGGGCUGCUGCUCACGUUUGUCAUAAUCACGAGUACCACCAUAUACCUGAAUCCAGCGAUCCCAAGACAAGUAUCUUUGAACAUAAUCAACUACAUCAACUCUGUGCCACUCCUGCAGCGACUCAGAAGAGCUCUACACCGCCUCUACGUCCUCGAGAGGAAUGUGUGGCAGAGACUGGCCUGGCAUCGUAGUAGGAUAGGCCUCCUGGUGAUUCCUGCAAGGAGAGAAGCUGCGGAAAGGGACGUUAGAGAGCCUGAGCACAACCUUGAGCCUCAAGUUGACCUAAACGCAGCAGAUCCGGUGGUGGAAAACGCUCGCGAGGACACCAACCAAGCAGACGAUCCUCUAAACCUGCCGCUUCCAAGCUCCAGCGCUCACAGGCCGCUCCGGAAGUUUCCGUCUGAGGACAGUUGUAAAGGCCCUCCGUCGGACAACCUGCUGAAUCUUCUCCAGGAGCAGGAGGAGAGGAAGAAGUGCGUGAUCUGUCAGGACAGCACCAAGACUGUCGUGCUUUUGCCGUGCCGUCACUUGUGCUUGUGUAGAAACUGCACCAACAUUCUGCUGAGCCAGCCCAUCUACCAACACAACUGCCCCCUGUGCCGCCACAUGAUCCUUCAGACCAUGGACGUGUAUCUCUGAGGGAAAUGUUUACGGAUGUGUUUCCGUCAUCCUCAGGUUAUUUGAGCAGCACUGUUCUUGAACUGUGGGAAACCACGUGCCCUUUUUCAUCUGUUCAUUCCACUACUAUUGCUUGUAUAUAAAUUUGAAUCACAAUCUUUUAUAAAUUGCGAUGGCGAGGCUGAUGACUGGCUGUGUUUUCUUAUGGUUUUAUAUACAUUGUCACUGUUUUCAUCAGCUUGUGGAAUCAACACUAUUUUUGUCAUACAGCAAUAUCAAAUGAAUGUAAGUUUUGUAUUAACAAACAUUAAAUGCUGUGGUAAUUGUGAAGAUGGAAGAUUUGCUUAAUUGAGUGUUUAAGGGGAACAUUUAUGCUACAAUACUACUAACGUUGGGCCUUAUUGUAUGAAUUGUUGUCUAAUACAUUUUUUUUGCCUGACUGUAAAGGUGAUAAAAGGUUUCAUGUGAACUUUCUUUUUUUUUAUUAGAUUGUUUUUAGUGUUGGAGAAAUGUUCGUUUUGCUUUGCAUAUUUUGUAAUCAUUCCACCAAAGCCAUUUUGCACUAUUUGAGUAGACAAGUGUCACUACAAUAUUUUCACCAGCCAUUCUACAAUCUGAUGCUGUUUUUGUCAUUUAUUAUUGAACUGCAUUAAGGCUCUCUCACUGCUUAAAUGGUAUUGAUCAAUGCAUUUUCAAAUCGAAAUUGUGUGCUUGUUUUUUUUGUUUUGAGAGAUAGUAAUUUAAUUCGGUUACUGGUAAAAACCAAGUGGCAGAAAGGCUUUUAGCUCAGCUUUGUCCGCUGGGUGUUGUUAGAAAUCACUAUUUUUGGUUAACAUCUUGUACAUUAGAGAGACAUGGUACAGACCUUACAUUAUUUUGGUCAAAACCCCGAAAUCCACAAUUGUAUUCAGAAUGACACAAUGUGCAAGACAAUCAAGUGCAUUGAAGAAAAAGAUUCAUACAAGUAGAUUCAUAACUUUGUUGUCCUUUUGAAAAAUACAUUGAUUCCAUAUAGUCCCUAGCUAUUUCUGUCACUCUCAAUUCUGCUCAGUGCAGGUGAUGAGCACUAACCCAUGUUUUUUAAUUGUAAUUAAGGUUUUUAAACAUUCCAUUCAUUCCACAUUUUUAGCCCCAAGCCUUUUGUAUUCUAGUCCAGCAGACGUUUGUUUUCUAUAAAGGUCUCAAUUGAAGAAGCUUGUGGGUUAAGCAGAUGUCUGUCUCUCCAGCGGCCUGGAUAAUAUCAAAACCACAAUCAUUAACUGUCCAGAUGAACAAUAAACAGUAUUUGACUGUG